CGCGUUCUAGCCCAGCCCCCGUCUCGCAGCGACCAACGGAUGCGCCGCAACAAGAGGUCCAGAGACGAGGCCGUCACGGUGGUUUUGGUCGCCGCCGAGCAGCCACGCAGGCGACAAAGGCAAAGCGAAGCAAACAGCAAAGAACCUUGUUCUUUGCUUCUCGCCGCCGGAGGCAUGAGUAGGCGAUUUCCUCUUACUUCUGCUUUCUUUUACUAAAGCUUAUGCUUUGCAGACUUUGUUCUACUGAAACCUUAUGCUCUGAACAGCUUUGCGUGUCAUCCGGCGAUUCUUUGCUCUGGCGAAACCUUAUGCUCUGCAGAUGCAAGAUGGCCCUCCUCCGUUCUUUUCUUUUCCCCAACUGAAGGAAGCCAACCCGAACAGAGGAGCAGAUAGUCACACGGUGAGGCAGGCCACGCAGUUCAUGUGAUUGGAGUGCUCCCUCGGAUCAUCGUGGCUGCACGAGAAGAGGUUGUCAGUGGGAAUAUUUUGGUGGUGAUCAGGGCAAAUUCUUUCUGAUCUAUUGGCGCUGACUGCUGCCUGAAGUAAAUUUUACUCUGCAUCCAAGCAACAACAAGAUCUUUCUGUACAUACAUAAGGCUAUCAAAUUUACUUCCACCGUUGUAACAAGAUCUACAUUUCCUUCAUUCCGUGUCUGCCUAAUUGGCCUGUAUCGCUCUCCAUUGACAUAAUAUUUACGAGGGAUAUCUGUGCAAAAUCUGUCUCAUUUACAGCCUCAGGUUGCUGCUUUAUGUAAUGCGCUGUCUUCUUCUCCAGCAAACCAAGAAGAAGGCAGGUCAUCUGCAGAGUAGAGAAGAGGGUGCGUUUUGCUACUCUGGUAUGAGCAGUUAAGCACAUCACCUCUUAUCUGGAGAUAUUUGAUUUCUAGAUUGAAGUACCCAUCUUAGUUUUAUCCAUUUAUUUCUUCAACUAUUUUUUUUCAACUAUAAAAUUUCUUCAACUAUUGGAGGUUUCAUAUUAGCUUUGCGUGAUUUGUGGUUCUCCAUUGGUGAUUGGCUGAUAACUUCUGGUAUAGACAUUAUAAAAUUUUCAAAUCAGUUACGUUUCAUCUGUCAAGCUUGGGCGCAGUCUGCUGGCAUGGAUGUUUGAAGUCUUCAUGGGUUAUCAUCUGAGAAAACUCUUUCUACACAUAAAUAAUUAAUAUUGAAUCAUGUUAUAUGUCAUUCUCUUGUUACCAGGUAAGCUUCCAAGGCCAAUCUUGUGUUUUCAUUCCAUAAGUUACUAUAAUUUGUGGCUUCUAUACUAGCCUGUAGAAAUCUAUUAGUGUUACAGACUUACAGUUGAAAUGGUGAAUCAAAGAUCAAACUAUCAUUGUGCUCAAGCAGAUCAAAAAUUGACUAAGAGGAGAAUUUCUAGAGGUUUUAUGUAAAUGAUGGAAAAUAUUUUCCCAAUUGAUAGCAUCCAAUCCAGUUGACAUUCGCUUACAACAUUUAGAAGAACAAACAAAAGGGACAACAUGCUAACUCCAAGUUUAUGCUUCAAUACCUCACUAUACUAUUCAUUUUGCUAAAACAUCAUCUGCCUAGUGUAGUAGUUUCUGAGCCAUAUGGAAUAGCAUUAUGUAUGAUUUACUAAAGAUACAAAGAAGAAUUUAGUGAUAUACUGUAAUACUAUUCUACACCCUAGGUGUAGCAGUAAUUCUACACCCUGUAGUCAAAUUACUGAAUAAUCUGACCAGAAAUUAUUGAACCGAACUAUGGAAUUACUGAAUGACGUUUAGUAAUCGCUCGCGGUAGUCGCUACUUAAAAUUUCUUCUGUAAUUAAUUAGUGUAGCUACACCUAGAGCGUAGAAUAGCACGUGGAUACACACACACACACACGCACGCACACACACACACACGCACACACAACUUACACUACAAAUCGGUACUGCUAUAUGUUAAUUUCUUUCAAAACACAUUUCAAUUUUGUGAUCUCUGUCCAAUUUUUUGGCCAAGUUAACACAUUUGCACAUUUAUUGCCAGCCUGCAACUCCUCUGGUGAAUCUCUCUCAGCACCUUUGUAUAAUGGCAACCAUACUAGAAUCUUUAGUUGGAUCGUGCGCUAUGAAGUUGCAAGAUGUCAUCUCAGAGGAGGCCAUACUAAUAUUAGGAUGUGGGUGGCUGAAGGCUUCAUAGAUGAGCAAGACGGCCAACUAUUGGAAGAUACAGCUGAAGAAUGCUAUUAUGAGUUGAUAUAUCGGAAUCUCCUCCAACCAAAUUAUCUAUUGGCUGAUCUUAGUGAAUGUAGAGUGCAUGACCUAUUGAGGCAGCUUCCUUGUCAUUUAUCUAGAGAAGAAUGUUUUGUGGGUGACCCAGAAUCAAUAAGAGUUAAUGUCAUGAGUAAAACUAGACGUAUUUCAGUUGUCACUUUGAAGGAUAGGGUGGUGUUACCUAGAAUGGAUAAAGAGCAAUAUAAAGUGCGAACUUGGAGAACUUCUUGUGAAAAGUCAUUGAGAGUUGAUAAUACAAUAUUUCAAAGACUUCAUUACAUUCGAGUUUUGGAUCUAAGAGGUUCAGUUAUACAAAGUAUUCCAAACUGUGUUGGAAGACUGAUCCAUCUACGGUUACUUGAUCUUAAUGGAACUGACAUAUCUUGUCUUCCAGAGUCUAUAUGUUGCCUCAUCAACCUUCAGAUACUUAAUUUGCAGUGGUGUGAUUCUUUGCAUAGUCUCCCUUUAGGAAUAACUCAGGUUCCAAAAGGGAUAGCUAAAACACCAAUAAAUCAGGUUCCAAAAGGGAUAGCUAAAUUGAAGUUUCUCAAUGAUCUAGAACAAUAUCCAGUUGGUGGUAGCAGUAAUAAUAGUGCUAGAAUACAAGAUGGAUGGACCCUAGAAGAGCUGGGUCCACUUUUUCAGAUGAGGAAGCUUGAAAUGAUUAAGUUGGAGAGACCAUCUCCUUGUAGUGGAGAUUCAUUGUUACUAGACAAAAAGUUUCUCAAACAGCUAAGUUUCUGCUGUACGGAACGUACAGAUGAACCAUACAGUGAGGAGGAUGUAAUCAAUAUUGAGAUGACUUUGGAGAAGCUAAUCCCUGCGCAGAGCAUUGAAGAUAUAUAUAUUCUAAAUUUCUUUGGUCGGCGGUUUCCCACCUGGCUUGAUAGUGCUACACAUUUUCCAUCAUUGAAGUACUUGCAACUCAUACAGUGUAAAUCAUGUGUGCAUCUUCCUCCAAUUGGGCAGCUCCCCAACCUAAAAUAUCUGAGAAUCAAGGGAGCCACUUCAGUCACCAAGAUUGGACCCGAAUUUGUUGGUUAUGGGGUGGAUAAUCCCAUAUCUGCAGAGGCAGUAGCUUUCCCCAAGCUUGAAAUAUUGGUCAUCGAAGAUAUGCCCAACUGGGAGGAGUGGACCUUUGUUGUUGAAGAAGAAGAAGCGACAGCAGCAGGUAAGGAAGGAGGAGAAGAUGGAGCGGCUGCAAAGCAAAAGGGUGAAGCCCCACCUCCAAGGAUGCAGCUGCUGCCUCAUUUGAAGGUCUUGUCACUUGAGCGCUGCCCCAGGCUGAGAGCUCUCCCACCGCAGCUUGGACAGGAGAUCACCUGUUGGAUGAACACCGACGACCCCACACCGCCGGCGAUCACCCGGACGCACACACACGAACUGGACACACGCGAGCUCUGUGGAAUACAGCGAGAACACACGGUGUUUUGGUGCCGCUAAUGCACAACGUUUUUUGACUCUAUUGAUCACAAUAUAUACAUGCACAAGUGACUCUCGGCCACGACCACGACGAGCGCCAU